AUGGACGGUUGGAGAACCUCUUUUUUCAUGCAUCCAACGUCAAUGACCCUAUGGCGCGCAUUUCCUUGGGUUAUUGAAAUAGACGCCACGUACAAAACCAACGUGUACAACAUGCCGCAUGUUGAGAUUUUCGGCGUGACUUCAACGGGCAGAACCUUCAGUUUAGCCUACGCUUUUAUCGUAAACGAGCAGGAGGCGAAUUAUCAAUGGGUGUUACAAUCUCUCAAGUCCACCCUUGUUGAAGGCUUUGUCGUUCGUGUCGUUCUAACUGACAGGGAGCAGGCCCUGAUGAAAGCAUUGAAGGUUGUUAUGCCGGAAGCGAAACACCUGCUAUGUAGGUUCCACAUAUGGCAAAAUAUAACCAAACACUGCAAACCAGCAUUGCGGCUGAAAGAUGUUGACAUUGAAAAGCUUCACAUCUGGUGGAGAAGAGUCUAUGAAUCUUGGACAAUUGAUAAGUUUAAAUCAUACGAGAAAGAGUUAAAGAAAAAAUUGACAGAUUUUCCAGCUGUCUACAGCCACACCACAAACAGAGUCGAUGUCGAGCACCACCUGCUGAAGGAAGAGCUGAAGGGGAAAUGUACAUUUACUAGAACCCUGCAUUGUGUUGAUUCUGUCAUGAUCGGUCAAGAGACAGAAAUAAGGGGGCAACUGAGGUAUAGCAAGGGAACCAUGUUGGGUAAACACAACUACAAAAGUAUGAAGGCACUGCUGGGAAAGGUUUCACAUAAAGCUUUGGACAUCAUGGCUGAUGAAAUCAUCCGCUUAGACAAACAACUUAAAAAACAGGUGAAAAAGUGUGGGUGCAAGGUUCAGUUUAGUUGUGGGCUACCAUGUGCCUACAAGAUCCCCGAGUACAUGCAACGCGAGACUCGUAUUCAGCCGAAUAUGAUAGACCUAUUUUGGAGAAAGCUUGACUUAACACUGUCGACAUGCCUACCAGGAAACGACCACUUAAAAGAUGGAGACGAUGUAGAAGCUGUCCAUGAAGUCUUAGGUGAGAUUAUGAGUUUCUUGGUGUCUGAUCUAAACAAAAACCCACAUGGGCUUCGGAAAUCCAAGUCCAGUCGACCAAGGCCUGAAAAGGUCCCCAUGACUCCUCCCUUCACCGACCCUUACUCCGGAGCUUCCACAUACGGAGAGGCGCAGCCCACCAGACAAAGUGAGUACGCGCCCACAAAAUCACGGUUCGUGAACACACAUGACUUUUUUAAUGAGCCGCAGGGUGCGCGACACAGUAUGUACGAGCCAACCUAG